AUGGUUUGCAAAAUUGAUUCAUUGACCGGAAACCUUUUGGGGAAGUUCAAAGCCUCAACAAAGUCCAUAUCCUGUAUGACUGUCUCAUCAGAUGGCAAGAGGUUAGUCACUGCAGCUGCACAGUUGAAGACUUUUGAUUGUUCUAAUCACAAAAAGAUACAUAAAUUCAUGGGACAUCCUAGAUCUAUUCGGUGCAUGAUAUUUACUGAAAAUGGAAAAUUUAUCCUAUCAUCUGCUGUUGCUGAAAGAUAUAUAGCUGUAUGGAAAGCAGAAGAUGGCAAAAAGCAGUUCGCUAGUUGUGUUUUAGCAAUGGAUCACCCUGCUGUCUUCAUAGAUAGCAUAUGUGAUAACGAGGAGAUCUACGUUUUUGCGAUUUCGGAAACUGGUGUUUAUUAUUUUUUGUAUGCUCAGGAUGUUGAGACAUUGUGCAAUGCUAAGCCCACGAAGCUUUCAAUAUCUUCGGAAGAUGACGGGUUCAUAAAGAUUAAUGUUGAUGGGGCGAUGGUGAGUGGUUGGAAUAAAGGUGGUAUAGGUGGACUCAUAAGGGACAACAGAGGUGUGUUGAUUCAUUGGUUCUCUGAUAAGGUUGGGGGACCUCCGAUUAUGGCAAAAUUAUUGGCGAUAAAGAGGGGGUUGUACAUGUUGUCAGAUUCAGGUGUUGGUCUUAAUAAGAGGAUUAUUUUAGAAUCAGAUUCAGGUAAUGCUUUAAAGUGGAUCAAGAAUCUGGAACUAAGCUCCCCUAUGUUUAUAUCCUUGGUGAAGGAGAUUGUUUCUAUAAUGGAAGGGAAGGAUAUUACGUUAAGGCAAAUCUUGAGAGCUACUAACUGGGAAGCGGAUAGACUAGCUAAGGAUGGUAUAUGA